AUGACAAUUCUUAGGGUUUUAAUAAGUUUGGGAAUUCUUGGAACUAUUUCUUAUGCUCAGCAAUGUGACACAAGCAGAGCUGUAAAAUUAUGUGCUGAUAUCGUCUUUGCCUUUGAUACAUCAUGCAGUGUCUCAGAUGAAACAAAGGAUGGUGUUAAGACUUUCCUUGAUGAUUUCGUUGGCUUGUUCGACUCGGUUGGCAAACCAAACCUUCCAGCGGGAGAUAGGGAUCCCACCUUCACUCAGUUCGGGAUGUUAGCUUAUGACUUAGGGGCACGUAAAAUAUUUGGUUUUGGUGAUCAACCAUCAAAGGAUGCUGUCCAGGGAGCCAUUGAUGAGUUCGACCACGCCGCCGCUGAUUGUAAAACAACCACACAAGAUGCUCUAAUUAUGGCCAGGGAGGAAUUCUUUACGUCAGGUACCCAAGAUGAUCGUACACCUAAUAUCCUUGUGCUUCUAACAGACGGACGAACGCAGCCGCAGAAAUUUAUUGAUGAUACGGAACUCGAAUUGGAAAAAUUCAAUAUGAUGAAUAACACGUAUCUGUUUGUGGUUGUUUUGCCUAAUAAGAACGAUAAAACGGAAUUUGCCGAUACAUUGGAGCAACUUGAGAUGUUGGCGCCCUCAAAUAAUCGAUUUAGCUAUCUUGAGGCUGAAAGUACUGACGCGUUGGCUGCCGAUGUUCGGGAAAGAAUAGCUGGAUUCGACCCAUGUCCACAAUGUGUAGGUGAUGAUCCAUGCCCGGACACACCCCUUGACAUCCUUCUUGUCCUUGACCAUUCCAAUAGUAUCGGAUAUGAUGAUUUGAGAGAACUCCGUCGAGCGAUGGUUGAACUUGUCGAGACAUUUGUGGGUGUAGGCGAUCUUGUGAAGUUCGCACUUAUGACAUAUAACAGAAAGGUCGAAACGCUGUUGUAUUUCAACAGCACAGAAAGCAACUCAUUAGACGGAACGUUAAAGGUGUUGGAAGAAAUGUCCCUAAAACAAGGUAAAGAUACACGCACAGACCUCACACUAGAGCUUGCAAAUGGUAAAAUAUUCACCAAGGCCUAUGGAGAUCGUCCAGAAGCUGCAAAUGUCUUGGUCCUUGCAACCGAUGGCCGGACAAUGAAGAAGAAAUUCCAAAAGAACACACUGAGAGCUGCGGCUGCUCUUAAAGCUCGUGAACCGCAUAAGAGUGUCAACAUAUUCCUAUUAGGUCUACCAGCACGUAGGAAGAAGAACAUUGACGUACAGAUUAAAGAAUGGAACGAAAUUCCCUCUGCACCACUUGAAGAGCAUUUCAAAGAAUUCAAACAAUUUUCUGACAUUAUACCAUAUAUAGCUCAAUUACAAGGGCAGAUUUGCGAUGAUCAACAAGUCUUUGAAAUGGCAUAUUCCGAAUUUGUUGCACAAAAUCCAAUAAUGGAAAACGGUGAAUAGAUUCUGAAGCACAAGGAAGAAAUGCUGAUAUUUAUUUUCAUGAAUUACUACAUAUUAUGUCAUUCGGGAGGUGUUAUUCAAACAAAUUCAAACAAUAUAGGAAAAUCGACUCUUACAUCGUGCAUUUAGAUUGAAACAUUUUGAAGCUGACAACAUUGUAUGAGUCUCAUCGUGCCCCCAUUAUUCCCGCGAGCGAGAACAUCAACUAUAAACGAUUGCAGAGUUAAAGUAGAUCGGAAUAAAAUUGUUCAAAACUGAAAGAGAUGUUCGUAUUCACGUCUAAGAAUCAUUUUUUCUCAAACGUAAAUAUUUAAAGAUUUUGAUUUCUCUUGGUUACCAAAUUAAUACAUUAUGUAGCUGGAGAUGAUGAGCUAAGACUUAUAAAAAAGGGGACCAAUCCAGUGCAGCGACUAUAUUGUCACAAUAGUCAAAACUUGAGGUUGAGUCGUAACAUUUACAAGCUGUUGCGAAUUCAUUGUACAAAAUAAAGUCGAUUUUUCUCAAAACAUACCAAAUUGUCCUGUUAGAUGUUUUCAGAUAGCGUUCAUGUUCAAGAAAUUGGUAUCAUACGAAAUAUAAAUACCAAUAACUUUCAUUUGAAAAGGUAUAUAAAAUCAAAUUUUUACUUGACUAAGUCGUGACUGUUUAGCAAUAUUAUACGAAUAUUUAAUUCUUUUAAGGUGAAUACCUGUGCAUCUUUC